AUGAGUUCUGACGACGAGUUCUAUUCGGAAGAUGUUGAGGAUGACACCUCUGAAUUCGAUUCCGACACUGAAAAUGUGGAAACCGAGGAUCAGGACGAAGAUGUUGUGAGAGUUCUCACGUAUUCGGACAUCCGAGAAGUCAUGAAUGAAAAAAUAGAAGAAGUCAGAGAAAUACUCGAAGUGAAUAAUGGAGUGUGUAGAGUGUUACUUCAGAAAUAUUCCUGGGAUAAGACAAUUCUCCUGGAAAAGUUUUACGAAGAUCCGAAUUUCAUUGUGAAUUCCAAAAUUGCGUUGAGAGCUUCUGAUUCUUCUGAAUCUUCCAACGGAGAGUGUGAUAUCUGUUGUGACACGGCACCACUCGUGGGACUAUCCUGUAAUCAUACCGCCUGUAAAGAAUGUUGGAGAGCCUACUUAACUGAAAAGAUCAACGAGAAGAAAUGUGAGAUCCAAUGUAUGGCUUCUGAUUGUGAACUCAUUAUUGAUGACGACAAGAUCCAAGAGUAUCUAUCUUCUGACACUACCGUAAUCUCUGCAUUUCAACAGCUUACUGUAGAUGAGUACGUGGAAACUAACCAUUUCCUUACUCAGUGUUCUUGUGGUAUGGUAGUAAAAUCUAGUCGAUCGGAUGCUCAUCUUGUCGUGUGUUCUUGUGGAAUUCGAUUCUGUUUUUCAUGUAGAAACGAUUCCCAUGAACCAGUGAACUGUCGCCUUCUUAAAUUAUGGGAGAAAAAGUGUGUCGGUGUAAAAAAUAAAACAGCCGCUUCAGCAGAUGGAUACUCAUCGGAUAAGGAGACGUUUAAUUGGAUUCUCUCAAACACUAAAGACUGUCCGAAGUGUGUCACAUCUAUUGAGAAGAAUGGCGGCUGUAAUCGAAUCACUUGCAGAAGUAAAACGUGUCGAUUCGAGUUCUGUUGGUUGUGUAUGAGAGAGUGGUCGGUUCAUGGAUAUUCAUCGUGUAACACAUUCAAUGCAAAAGACGAAAAGAAUCGUGUGGAUUCUCGUGCCGAACUGCAUCGCUUCCUGUUCUUCUACAAUCGUUUCAAGUCACAUGAGCAGAGUUUGGAACUUGAAAAGAAGCUUGUCAAAACAGUAAAUGCGAAAAUGGAGGAAAUGCAACAGAAAGGAAUUGGUUGGGCAGAUGUUCUUUUUCUUAGAAAAUCAGUGAAUAUUCUGGCAGAGUGUCGUCGAACCCUUAUGUUUACAUACAUCUUUGCUUUUUAUCUGGAACGGAACAAUCAGGCAAUUAUGUUCGAUGGAAAUCAGAAAGAUCUCGAAAUGGCUGUUGAACAAUUAUCAGGAUUAUUGGAACAGGAAAUGGAGACGAAUGAUUUGAGAGUUCUCAUCCAAAAGACUCAAGACAAGAGCAGAUAUGUCGAAUAUCGUCGGAAAGUUUUAUUGGAUCACUGUACUGAAGGAAUGGAACAAGACGCUUGGGUCUAUAAUGCCUAA